AUGGGAUUACUUUUCACUAAAAUUGCCGAAUUAUUCGAUCCAAAAGCAAAUCAUAGAAUUUUGAUGAUUGGUUUGGAUGGUGCUGGAAAAACAACAUUAUUAUAUAGAUUAAAAAUUGGAGAAAUAGUUUCAACAAUUCCAACAAUUGGAUUCAAUGUUGAAACAAUCGAAUAUAAGAAUAUCAAUUUUACAGUUUGGGAUGUUGGUGGACAACAUAAAAUCCGUGCUCUCUGGAAACACUAUUACCAAAAUAGUACUGCCAUCAUUUUUGUUAUUGAUGGUACAGAUUAUGAAAGAAUCAGUGAAGUUCGAGAGGAGAUAGCCAAAUUGACCACCGAAGAUUCAUUAUCAGGUACAACUUUGUUGCUAUUCUUGAACAAACAAGAUCAACCAAAUGCAAUGAACUCUGCUCAACUGAUUGAACAACUCAGACUAAAUGAAAUCAAAGAUAGAAAAUGGUAUAUUCAACCAACCACCGCUACAACUGGAACUGAGCCAACUAUAAGUUAUAAAGAUCUUUCCUCCAUAUUGAUCUAUGGAUCAGCUGAUACAACUGUGACUUUUUAA